CGGUGGCGGCCCUGCGCCGUGCGGGGAGCGCCUGGCAUCGCGUGCCGCGUUGGAUUUCUCCGGACGGCGGUGGGUCGGUGCUGCGGCAGCGCUGGGGAGGAGGAGGCGGUGGACGGAUGCUGCCGGUGAUGCCUCUGUUGGGGUGCUCCGUCCCCGGGGCUGAUGGGACACACCGGGCUGCGAGGGCUUCUAGCGCUUGACCUGGCACGCGGCCCCAGGCCGUGCCGGAGGGAUGAGGGGAUCCUGUGCCGCUGCCCUGACGCCCUCCUGGCAGUGGGGCUGAAGCUCGUCCAUGGAGCUGCUGGCAGGCGAGGAGCCGGGGCCCGGCCUCCGAUGCACACAGACAGCUGCAGAAAGCGGCCCAGCCGGGCAUCGGGAUGAACGCGGGGGGCGGGGGGGCCCCGAGGAGCCAUCCCCGCUCUGCAGUGAGGCACGCGGCGCGGCCUGGGGCGGCUGGAGCCCGGCGGUGGCUGAGGAUGUGACAGAAUCGCUGCUGCGUGGCUGCCACGAGCCGCCUGGCCGCAGCUCCGCCCUGGCAGACGGUCAGGGUCCCCCCACCGCCCCCGACCCUGCGCUGCCCCAUGAAGAGAGGCCGCUGCCCGCGGAGGCGUCACCCGGCCUGGAGAGCUCCUCCAGCUCCACCCUGAGCCUCUCAGACGAGGACAGCGAGACGGCGAGCAGUGAGAGCACAGCACCAGGGCUGUGCUGCACGCCGGUGGGCAGCGAGGAUGAGUGCCCCAUCUGCACGGAGCCCUACGACAACGAGCGGCACAAAGCAGCCCUGCUCAACUGCAACCACGGGCUGUGCCACGCCUGCCUGCGCGCCAUCAUGGACACGGCCGAUGGCGCCGAGUUUGGUCGCGUGCGCUGCCCCAUCUGCCGCCAGAAGACCCCGAUGCUGGAGUGGGAGAUCUGCAAGCUGCAGGAGGAGCUGCUGCUGCUGCAUGCCGAGCCUGGGCCCCCCACUGCCCUGACCGACCCCCGGCCUCCCGUGCUCCCGCCUCGCCGCCCGGGCCUGGCUGGCGCCCUGGAGCAUCACUUCCAGGUGCGCUUCCACACCAGCCGCAUGUUCGGGUGCCUGCCCUGCGUGCGUUACCCGGCCGGCCUCAUCCGCGCGCUGGGGCGGCUGCAGGGCCGCUGCCGCUGCUGCUACCUCCUGCUGCUGGCCCUGCUGCUGGUGGCCGAGCUGCUCAGCCUGCUGCUCAUCUUCCUCCCCAUCGUCCUGAUGGUGCUGCUCUUCCUCAUCCUCGAUAAAUAGCGCUGCGGUUGUGCCCCUGGGAGCUGCAGUGCUGCAGUGCUGCCGGUGAGCCCUGAGCAGGUGAGGCGGCCCCAAAGCCAGGCAUUGCCUGCGUCCUGUGGGGCACAGCAUGGUGCGAUGCCACGGCCACAAAGGGAUGGUGAAUACGGGCAGGAGCUGGGCUCUGCCUGCCCACACUGAGGGCAUGUCCUCGGAGGGGCUCUGCUGGCAGAGCAGAACUGAGCUGUGUGUGGUUGCAAG